CCCCGCUUCGGCACACAGGAGGGGAGUGCGGCGGUGGGGUGGGAUUCCGAUUGAGUCGAUGCUGGAAGGCCCAAGCGGCGACCACGGUGGUGGGUUCAAGGUGGAAGAGAAGCGAGGGCUUGGGAGCUGCAGGCUCGCGCACAUGGUGGGUCGAGGAAGGCUUCUCUUUCCGCCCUCGUACUCGCGCACGCACAAAACAUGUAUCGCCAAAAACCUUUAAGCUCGGUUGGAAACCGCGGCUGCACCAACUCCUGUUUCCGGGUUCACAAAUGGCAGGAGAAAAGAAAAGAGGGCAUUAAAUUGGUGUCGGCCUGUUUGAAGGUUCUGCCUUUUUCUCACUGGGUUGUCGGUUUAUCCAUCGCUUUUCUGCCUUCUUUGCGAGGGAUUCUGCUUCCGUGGUGGAAAUCGGUGGCCUCCUUGCCUCAUUUGCGUAAAAGAUGGAUCUUGCGUCUGCCCGUUUUCCUCUCCGAUGUGGGAGAAGGAAUACGCUUUUUACCGAGUGAAAGUAGAUGGUGGGGCUAAUGGUUGUCUGGCGGGAUUAGGUUCAAGGCUUUGCACCAAGCAAAUGGAAAAAUAUGGUGAGUCCUUUAUGAUCCGAGAUCUCAUCGUUUACGCUCAAUCGUCUUCGUUCUUUAUGUGCAACCUUGCUAGAUUCAAGACGCAAUUUUGAAGAGUGAAAAUGAUUUAGUGAAGAGGAUCUCGCUUAAAGAUUGCUCCUUUCUUGAAGCCAUUUGGAUUAAAAGUUCUUCUUUGAGGAUCUGUAGGAUAGCCAUCUGGUCCCCCCCCCCCCCCCCCCGGGGACCUGCUGUGUCAGAAAGUAUGUGUUCGAUUGAUUCAAGUGGGGACUGCAGUAAAAGGGGAAGGGAGAAAAGCCGUUCCUGACGCAUUCCUAUGUAGAUUUACCGAUUAGUGUCCUGACGUAUCUCGUUUGGUCUCUUGCCUUAUUUUUGUUGAAGAAAGCAAUCUCCUCCAGUUCUUUAUUUAUUGGGGAGGUUUGUUUUCAGAUAGACUGGUGCUGGAAGUCUGGAAGUAACAAUAAAAGAGAAAGAUUUGUGGCUUACAUGUUUGGUUGGUGGAAAAAGAAAAAGUCUUGAUAUGAAAGAGAUUAUUGUCGACCAUUUUGUAUAGGAGUCGGGUCACUUUCUCCCAAGGUGCCAUCUUUAUAAAUUGUUCUCCUUAUUUGAAGGCCCGGCAUGUGGUAAAACAGUAGAAGGCCUUCUGUGGAAUAAGAUAAUUGUGUAAACUCAUGAAAGGAGGAUUGGCUGGAAGGGGCAGAAAAAAGCUGCGGACCAGGAGAGAGAGCCUUAAUUAUGUGUACAGGAGCGAAUCAGAGCAGAAAUAUGGCCUUUAUAGCUUGGAUUUGAGUUAUGAUAUAGAGAGCAAAAUUGAAUUUGUACUGCUAUGUCAGUCAGCGAGCUGGUGGGACAAGCUUCUGUGGCCGGCGUUGCAAAGUGAUCAGUCAUGGGAAAGUCUUAUUAUAUCUUGUCAAGCUCAUCUCCCGUUCAGCUGGUGGAGGGUGGAUUUGAAAGAGAUGUCCACAUGCUUUAGUGAAAGGAGGUCAAUUUAACUAGAAUUAGGGGGUUAGGGCUCACUGCAGGGUAAUGAUGAUGCAAGCAAGAAAGCAGAUUUAGCUCUGCUGUACGUGUCUGUGGAGGGGAGGGCAUCCUUUGUAUGAUCCCAGGAGUUUUUGUAGCCCUUGUUGGGGUUUUCUUUCCCAAGCUGUGGUUUUCAAGCAUGGUACAAGUCGGGCCAGUUGCUGAAAUUUUCCAGUAGGUUGGUGUUCCACAUUUUAUGGGACAUAAUAGUACUUGAGAUUUUUCUUUUGUUGAGUGCUGCUACCUUUUGCCAUGGAUUGGACUUCAAAGAUGCCCUUCCAUUUUGAUUGGGAAACUUUGGCACCAUUUAAUGGAGAAGAAACUGAAAUAUCUGAACCCGCACUGGAACUUAAAUCAAAGAUCGGAAGUGGCGUAGCCAUGGGCAAUGGAUCUGUAUAUUCGUCCAGUGGGGUUCUGUGCUCUAGCUCUGAAAUGGGCAACUGUUUAUCUAAAAGCUCCAUUUCAGCAUCUGUUGAUUCUUCAUCCAAGGCAAUGAAGAGGCUACCAGAGGUCGACUUUGAAUCAGUUGGAGGAUUUCUUGUUCACCAGAACAAGAAUAAAGAUUUAGCUAGGGUGCAUGAUUUCAGAACUUCACAUGCUGUAGAGUCUGCAGAAGGCAUCAAGGAGUCUGUGAUGGGACUGAAGCUUGGCAAAAGAACAUAUUUUGAAGAUCCUUGUGCUGGGAGUAACAUCAAGAGCCCAUCUUCUUCGGCUUCUUUCACCCCAUCAACCACUUCAGUUAAGAAAUCAAGAGUCUAUCAGCAGAGCCUGCUGAGUUCUUACUGCCAGGUUGAAGGUUGUAAUAUUGACCUCAGCACAGCUAAAGAUUAUCAUCGAAAGCAUAGAGUUUGUGAGAGCCAUUCCAAGUCCCCCAAGGUUGUUGUUGCUGGUCAGGACCGGAGGUUUUGCCAACAAUGUAGCAGGUUCCAUGCUUUGUCUGAGUUUGAUCAGAAAAAGCGAAGCUGUCGUAGACGUUUAUCGGAUCAUAAUGCACGUCGACGGAAGCCACAGCUAGAGACAAUCUCAUUCAAUUCUUCAAAGCUCUCUACAUCAUACUAUGAUAAACAACAGGCAGGUCUUGUUUUUGGUCGACCUCCUUUUAGUCAGAUGACAACCAUGGCAAGUUCAAUAUGGGAUAACCCAAGUAGCUUCAAGCUUACUCAAACCGAAGGAUGUUGGAUAAAGUCAAGUAAAACAGGGGGCAUAAAUGGGCAGCUGCAUUUUCCUAGCUAUGGCAACUUAAAUACUGUUUCCACAGUAGGCCACAAUAUGGACAGUCUCUUGCCAUUCAAGAGCGUUACUGCCGAUGUCCUCAAUCAAGAUGUCACUGCUGCUUUUAACUUGGAUGGAGCACCGGAUCUCCGUUGUGCUUGCUCUCUUCUGUCAACUGAAUCUCGCGUUCCACCUAAUGCAAGACCUGCUCCCAGUGUACAGUUUGUAUACACGUACAACAGCGAUGCAGCUCAUCCUGCCAUGCACACAUUUAACACGACGCAGGAUCAGCAACUUCUCGAACAAGUGCUUCCAUUCAGCUCUGGUGGUCAGUUCCAAGAGUCUCUCUUGUUCAAAUCAUCCUUAGGGAUGGGUUUCCUUGACCCCUCCAGUCAGCUAGGUUAACAAACACCUCCGGCUGACCUCCUAAUGCAAGGAUUGAUGAUUCCAGGAACUGGCUAUCUAUCUCGGGUGAUGGCUUUAUCAUGGUGGCACUGCUGCAGAGUAAACAGACCUCAAGUGCUUCCAUUAUUUUCCUUUUUCUUUUCCCCUUGUGCCAAACACAUGUUCCUGUGAGGUAAUUGAAUCAUGAAACAUUUCAUUUCUCCCUCUACUCUGUGUCAAGAUGAGGUGUAGUAACUUUUGAGUUCUGCAGCUUUGGUGCCUGUCUUUGGAAUA